UUAUGUCAUACUUUACCACCGUUCGAUCACAAGGUUCAUUUACGCGUAAAUUGAAUCCACAGUACAUAGUCGGAAUUCCCGUUGACAACCUCGAACCAAUACGCCUUCAAGUUCGUGGAACUCUGUACAACGUUCACGGCAACAAGUGCAACCUACACUGCGACAAAUUUGGCCCUCACAAUCAUAUUGUUUCUGUGAUCUUCGCGAUGUCCGAUGUCAGUGGCUCUCGUUCAAAGCCGACCACUCGAAGUUCAAUUCGACAGUCGUUGAACUUUGCUUCAGUGGGCAAGGCCUUUGCAGAUGUCAUGAACAAGGAGAGGAACGAUUCAACCAAGAAGACCGGAAAGGACGUGAACAAAACUGGUGGGCUCAAACCACGAGCCUCGCUUGACACCAGGCCUUCGCCUCCCCCUUCUAAACGACCACGUACACCAGACUCCAAGACCAUAACUGCACGUCGAAGAAGCUCACUUGCCGCUGCUUCUCUUUCGACACGAAAUUCCGCGGACGAACCCUCCGUUGCUCCUUCGAAAACAACCCCCCAAUCUUCAGUUCCAGCGCGGUCUUCUGCCCUUCGACCCCGUCCUGGAUCCUCUUCCAAUCUUCCAAAAUACAGACCUAAGUCUAUCAUAGUUGAGAACGGAAAGAAGCCAAGUUCUCCUGGCUUGUCCGGUUCUAGGAAACGUACAUCGACAUCUGACGACGAGGACAAGACAUCCUCCGGUGAUAUGGCAGUUGAUGCUUCCUCACAGAGGAGAAAAUCCCGGCCUAUCAGUCCGCUUCCUCAGCGUGCGGCUGCCAAAACGAAAAUGAGCGGUAACAACUCCAAAUCUAAUACUCCCAAACCCGAAUCCUCACCCUUGGUUCGGAAAGCAUCUCCAAAUCGGAUGGUAAAGGCCGUCAAGGCCGCAAGUACCAUUCCUAGGCCGUCAUCAGCAUCCUCAUCCUCCUCGUCCUUUUCACCACGAACACCGAAAGCGUCUCCAGGCAAAGAAGGCUCAGUUCACUCCGCACUCCCUGAAUCCCCGCUCGUACGCCAUGUGCGGCAGAGGUCAAAGGCAGAAACACCUCCUGCACAAAACCCGGGAAACAUGUCUCAUAUAACCGAAGCUGAUAGCGACGACGAAGAAGAUGAUGUGGAGAUCAUGUUGGCUCCUAUAGCAGCACCAGGAGCACCUACGCCUGCCAUGCCGAGGUUGCAAACCAUGCGUAAUCGUUCGAGACUUGUACCAACCACUCCCUCCAAACCAUUACUUCCGAUUCAUUUCGAACCACCUGAGGCCUCGUCGACUCCGCCUAAAAAUCAAGAUAGUCCUUCCUUCCUCCGACCAAACCCUUCACCAGGUAGCGACCGCAGCCUCCGUGGUGGUUCUAUCCUAUCGUGGGAACAGUUAGCUUCAGAAGCUUCGCGGACGAUCCCUGUCGACGAAUUGGGGACCAUGCUUUCCGACAUGUCGGCUCCAUUCCAACCGGGACCUCUUUCGCCGAUGCCUACAGGGAAUGGAAAUGGGUCUAUGUUACUAGAUGUGAACUUCCAAAAUAUACCUUCGAGCCCUGGUCUGAGUGCAUUUAAUUCACCUAGUGGAUAUGGCUCGAUUUCGCAGGUCCUCCUACCUAAUGCCACCCCAUCACCAGCCUUUCCGCGUCAUUCAUAUUCACACAGCCAGAGGCAACACAAAGAAUCAGAUGGACCAGCAGUCGACACUGCUAUUGCCACCCUCCUCCGUUUACAAUUGUCAUCUGCAGAAAAUACAGCCAAAGAACGGCUGAUGAGAUUGCAGGAGCUGGAGGAAGAAAUACACAACCUCAAACAGACUCGCACGCAUGAAACUGAAGUGUUAUCACAGCAGGUGUCUAUCCUUGAAUCACAGCUGAAAAACAGUCUUGAGGCUCGAGAACGAUCGGAAGGGGAGCAGUUCGCUUAUACGGCGUCGUUAGAAGAGCAACUGCGAUACACGGAAGUGCAGCAAAGACAAGUCGUUCGUGAGGCGGUUGAGAGUGCGCGGCAGCAUGCCGAAGCUUCGUUACGGUCUACCGUAGAGUCGCAGAAUCGCAAAAUGAAUGCAGCAUGUGCUGCUUCUCUGGCUGCUCGAGAGUGGAGAAGUGUGCAAGAGCAAUGUGAAAGUGAGCUAGACGUUUUGGCGGCAGAUAGGGACACAUUGGCAUUAUUAUUCGGAGAGCUGGACCUCGUCCGACAGCAAUUGUUAAUUGCAUGAAUGCCAUUUCCAGUAUGUUCUGCUUGCUUUUCCUUUGUCUUCGCAUUUGAUUCACCUCAGCUUAUUAAGUUUCCACAAUCUUUCUAUGCAUGUAUAUACCCAGACCUAUUAAUACCUGUACCUACAUGUGUAUACCUAUCGACUUGCUCGUUCAUCUCUGUUGAUUUUAGUUAGAUUCAUAUGUAAUCUCCUUGCUUUAUGAUACGUGAUAGUAACACUGAGCGGCGCGAUGAGAUUGUGCCUCAUCGUUUCUCAAAAGACUGCUGUUAUAUAUGGCAGCGAUACUUCAUCACCAAAAGGUAAAUCCCCUGGACCAGUGCCUGUUGAAUCUCAAGAUGAACCUUGGCUUAAACUUCCGGGUUCGUAAGCAUUGCCAAAGAUUG